AAAAAGAGGAAGAAGAGCUUCAACAGGAAGAAUAACAGCAGUCGGCAGCAAUCACAAAGGGAGGAGACAGGCGGUGUCUGUGUGCUAUUCAGGAUGGAGGAGUACAGCUCUGGGGAUGAUGGCAACUUUAAUUCUGACGAGAUAAGCAUCUUGGUGAAGGAGUGUAUUGAAGGAGUCAUUGGUGGAACAGACUAUAACCAGAACAAAAUCAACCAAUGGACAGCCAGUAUUGUGGAGCAUUCACUGACUCACCUGGUGAAGCUGGGUCGGCCCUUCAAAUACAUUGUGAAUUGUUCAGUCAUGCAGAAGAGUGGUGCCGGUCUCCACACAGCCAAUUCCUGCUACUGGGACACUACUACCGAUGGAAGCUGCACGGUCCGGUGGGAGAACCGCACCAUGUACUGCGUGGUCAGUGUGUUUGCUGUGGCGAUGUGACAGCGACGCCGAGCUGCAGCUGCUCCCCCUCCGAGCGCCGUCAGCUCUGUAGCCGUGCAGAAAGGGACAUCAGGUUGUGCGAUGAAAUCGUCCCCGGACACGAUUUCACCCCUGGGACAUUUCUGUAUAUGUACUCUGGUGUCUGUAUGGAUGAAGGUUAUUUUCAGAAAACCAGGCUGAUAGAACUCAUUGAUUAAGCUAAACAAAAGCCUGCAACACAGAUUUGUCAAAAUUCCAUUUCCAUUAGUUGUACUUUGGUCGUAUUUAUACAUAUAUACCAUAUUUCUGCAUCAUAAGACCAAAUAAAACAUUCACAUUAAGAUGUAGACUAAAUUUUCUGAUAGGGCACAGUGGAUUAAGGUGUAUAGAAAAUGUCUUGUUUUAGUAAAUAGUAAUUUACUUCUAUAUUGCUUUUUAUAACUGUACAUUGACAUUUCAAUUUCAUUUCUGUACAGGUAGUGUAGAUGCAUUUUCUAAUUUUCUGGGUUAAAUUCCAUGAAUGCAACAAGAAAACUAUUUAUGUUCAGUAAAUAUAUUCUAUUGUAUGUAUUUUAUUAGUGUGUGCAUGUUUUGUUUUUUAACUACAAUAAAAAAUUUACUUUCA